AUGGUCACUUGCAUAGAUUCUAGUGACGUUAGAGUCAGGCUUUUAAGUGAUUCAGAUUCAUAUUUCGAAGAAUAUUCAAAUAUGACAUUAUCAAGGAAUAAUCAUAAUAAUCAUGCUAAAAAUGAUCAUUGUCAUACUGGUAGAGAAAUAAGAAAAGAUAUAGCUGCUGAAAAAUCAAUUUUAAUUAUUGCUAUUCUAUCAAUAGUUUUUAUAUGUAUUGAAUUUACGGGUGGUGUGAUUGCUAAUUCAUUAGCUAUAAUGACAGAUGCAGGUCAUAUGUUAUCAGAUUUUUUUUCAUUUAUUAUUUCUAUUGUUGCUAUUCGUUUAACUAGUUUGAAACCAACAAAAAAAUAUACUUUUGGUUUUAUACGGGCUGAAGCUGUAUCAGCAUUUGCUUCAGUUGUUAUAAUAUGGUGCCUUACAAUUGUAUUAAUUUUUUUGGCCAUACAAAGGAUUAUUAAUAAAAAUUAUGAUGUUGAUUCAACAACAAUGAUUAUAACUGCUGUAAUUGGAAUUGCAUUUAAUAUAGUUAUGGGUUCGGUAUUAUAUUUUUCUGGUAACUCUCAUAUGCAUUCACAUCAUGGUCAUGGUCAUGGUCAUUCUUCAUCUUCUAUUGAAGAUUUUUCCAGUGAAGAGGAAUAUAAUCAAGGGUAUGAACAUAAAAAACCAAAUAUUAAUAUAAAAGCAGCUUUUAUACAUAUAAUUGGAGAUUUAAUACAAAGUGUUGGUGUUUUGAUAGCAGCUUUAAUUAUAAAAUUUACUGGUUGGGAAAUUGCUGAUCCUAUAUGCACAUUUACUUUUUCAAUAAUAGUUCUUUUUACCAGUCUUCCUGUAAUUUUUGAUAUUUUUAAAAUUGUUAUGCAAGCAUCACCAAAUGAUGUAAGUACAUCAAAAGUUACAUCAGAUUUAUUAAAUAUUCCUGAUGUUGAAUCAGUUCAUGAUCUUCGUAUAUACAACUUAUCAUUAAAUAGAACAGUUGUCACAGUACAUAUAGUGCCUUCUAAAUUAAUGUCAUACUCUGCAAUUCAAAAAGAAGCAUUUAAGAUAUUACGGGAGAAACACAAGAUUGCUGAUAUAACAAUACAAAUAGAUGAUUUAGAAAGAAUUGAUAGAACUUGUGAACUUUGUUAUGAGUCACCAUUAUUGUAA